UUUAUGUUUAUUCACUGAAACACUAAUGAUUUGUUUGUGAAUCUUCAGGAUGCUGGAGAUGAUUGUGGAGGGAAGGGGAAGCGCUUCUCAUGCUCCAGUUUGAUGGUAAAGUGUCUGUACUCUCUCUGGUUUACACGAGUGAUGCUGACAGCAGGUUUGAUGAUGAUUCUGUCUCUGCAGGAGUCAGACGGCGGUCUGUUUGACAAAAGUGGGCUUUUGCCAGGUUGGGAUCAUGUGUUUGAUCAGGAGCAGCAGGAGGAUCAUGAUCAGUGCAGACGGUUUGCUCAGACGGUUCAGCAGAUCCGCUCCGGAGUUCAGCUCUACCAGCAGGUUCUGUUUCUCCGUGGCACCAACAUGAUGAACUUCAUCACUCAGCUCAACUGCAUCGCAGACGAACUGGACAAGACGCUGAAGAAAACACGCAUCGCAGGCAUCACAGGUGGCACCACGGGGGCCAUCGGAACCGCAGCUGUAUUAGCAGGCAUCGCUCUGGCGCCCGUGACCUGCGGAGGCUCGCUGGUCGUGGCCGGGAUCGGGGUCGGUGUGGCAGCGGCCGGAGGCGUCACCGGAGCCUCAGCCGCCAUCAGCAAGAAGGUCAGAAAGACUCAGAACCGGACGAAGGUGGAGAAGAUCCUCCGGAGCUACCAGAGCCAGAUGGAGGACGUAGAGGAGUGCCUGAAGUUCAUCAUCACAGGGAUGGAGCACCUGAGGAGGCUGGAGCCCGCGGUCGAUGCUGACGCCGCAGACGUGCUGACGCUGGCGGAGCGGCUCGGAAACUCCAACAUCAUCGGCGCUCUGAGCGAAAACACUCGUGCCGUCCAGGCCUUCACCGCAGAUCUGGAUUCGUACUUCACUAAAGACGAUGCACAGAGGCUGAAGAAAGGCUCGGAGAGCUUGUUCGCUGCUAAGAUCCGAGAGGUGGCUCUGAAACUCAAAGAGAACAUUGACCAGCUCAUACGCAUCAAAAACAUGUUCAUGUGCUAAAGAGCCCACGAAACGACAUGUUUCCAUCUGAA